AAACUGAUGACUACGGCGGCUGCCUUGGUAUUCACUUUGUCCCUUCUUGUCAACGACGUAACCUUGUGGUCUGCUCGCAAUGAAAACAUCCUGAAAGAUGAGAACAAAGCAUCCACAUUGGUAUAUCUCUUCAGUAUAAGUUUGGUUAUUAGUAAGAUAGAUUUUCUGCCAUUUUUUCUUUAUCAGAAAUGUCCUAUUAUCUAUCAUCUUUUGGAGGUAAUUAUUACGAUAUCAUUGAUAGAAUUCAGUUUACAUUAUCUAUGGAGGGGAGUUCAAGAUCUUGUACACCUGCAUGCUGAUGAUAUCCUGGUAAUGCUAACAGACAAUUAUCAUUUAAAUUGGCUGGUAUGUUACUUGUGCUGUGGCAAUACGGGAUGUACAGAAAAUUUUAUAGCACUCUUACUUAAAGCUAUCAGUUUUUAUACGCUGUUUUCCGGAUAUUUUGGUUAA